UAUAUUUCACAACCCUCUUGUUUUUGUACUCUUUCAUGCUUUUUUUAUCUCUCUGCCCUCACUCAAUAUAGCAUCAUCACCCAGAAGUGAAGCAAUAGCCCUUGUCAAAUGGAAGAACAGUUUAUUACCAUCUUCGUCACUCGAUUCUUGGGCCUUAAACAACCACAAAAAUCUUUGUAACUGGACUAGCAUUACUUGCAAUAAUGCAGGAUCAGUUACUAUGCUAGACUUAUCAUUUGGAUCACUCAACGGAACACUUGCUCACUUCAAUUUUUCCUCAUUUCCGAAUCUCACUUCCUUGGACAUGACCAGCAACGAGCUUUCGGGUACUAUACCAGUAGAAAUUGGAUGUCUAACACAACUUGAGCACUUGGACAUGAGCAGCAAUGAAUUUUCAGGUACUAUACCAGUAGAAAUUGGAAAUUUAAUGCGACUUGAGUACUCAAGCUUCAACAAAAACAGUUUUCAUGGUGCAAUUCCUUACCAAAUUAGUCAUCUGCAGAAGUUACAGUAUUUAGACUUGGGUUUAAAUUUCAUGGCUGAAUCGAAGUGGUCUAUGUUCUUAGAAAUGCCAUUUCUGACGCACCUAGACUUAAACCAGAAUGAUCUGGCUGUUACAUUCCCCUCUUUCGUAACUGGUUCUAGAAACUUGACGUAUCUUGAUUUGUCAUGGAACAAGUUUUCGGGGAGUAUUCCUUCGUCUAUAGGUCAACUUAGGGAGCUUCAAACACUUUACCUCCAAAACAAUUAUUUCAACUCUAGUAUUCCUCCUGAAGUUGGAUUGUGUACCAAGCUCGAAACUUUGAGGCUGGCUGUGAAUUCUUUUACCGGGCCUCUGCCUUUGUCCUUGUCAAAUCUGACACAGAUUUCUGAGCUACAGUUAUCAGAUAAUCACUUUUCCGGUGAGAUUUGGCCUCAGAAUAUCAGCAAAUGGACUAAAUUGUCGCUAUUGGAUAUUCAGAACAAUUCUUUCACUGGUAAUAUUCCUUCUGAAAUUGGUAUGUUGAAAAAUCUUAUGAGUAUCUCUGCGGGGGGUAAUUUUCUUACAGGACCAAUUCCUGACGGGAUUGGAAAUAUAACAGGCCUUUGGAUUAUACAACUGUCAGAAAACCAUCUAGUAGGUUCAAUUCCAGCAACAAUUGGGAAUAUUCCCCUUCUGCGAGUAUUAUCGCUGUCCUCCAAUAAUCUUAGUGGAACUAUACCAUCUCAGAUUGGGAAUUUGACAUUUCUGAGUAUUCUUCAACUCAACAAUAACCAAUUGAAAGGAGAAUUGCCUCAUUCUUUUUCUAAUGUAAGUUAUAUGAGGAUACUUCUCCUUCAUUCCAAUAGGUUUUCAGGCAGCAUUCCGAAGGACUUCUGGAAAAAUCAUGCUUCACUGAGUUAUGUUGAUUUAUCAAAGAACAACUUUUCAGGAGAGCUUUCUACAACACUCUGCAAAGCAGCAACCCGUAUCCUUGAUUUGUCCAGUAAUAGCUUUAGCGGUGCAAUUCCACACUGUAUAGGAGAUCUUGCCAAGAAUCUUGUUAUACUGGAUCUUCAUGAGAAUCAACUUCAAGGAACAAUACCAACAACUUUCACAAAGAGCUGCCAACUUACGACUUUCAACCUGAACAACAAUCAUAUGGAAGGAUCGAUUCCCCUGGCUUUGGCUAAUUGUGAGUUGUUACAAAUUCUUGAUCUUGGAAACAACAGAAUAAGUGACACAUUUCCACCUUGGCUAGUUACUCUUCCGAAGCUACAAGUCCUUGUCUUGCGAUCAAAUAGACUUCAUGGUAUGUUAAAUGUUAGCAAUAUGAAAGAUCCAUUCCCUAAAUUGCGCGUCAUAGAUCUCUCCCACAAUCAAUUUGAGGGCAACGUGGCAAAUAACUUUUUGGAUAAUUUCAAAGUUAAGGCGGAUUCUGAUCCUUUCAUCGGUGUGAAUACAACAUUAGUAGAAGGUAAAUAUUACGAAGCUUCUGUUAAUUUGAUUGUCAAAGGAGUGGAGCUGGAAGUGAAAAAGAUUCUCAAUAUAUACACGAGUAUAGAUUUAUCAUGCAACAAGUUCAAUGGCACAAUUCCACAAGUCAUCGGAGAACUUAAAUCACUUCGCCUGCUCAACCUUUCUCAUAAUAGCCUUACAGGCCACAUACCGUCCUUGUUGGGAAACAUGAGUCUUCUCGAAUCGUUAGAUUUAUCUUCUAACCAAUUGGCGGGUACAAUUCCUUGGCAAUUGACCAGUCUUACAUUUCUUUCGACCUUAAACCUUUCUGAAAACCAUCUUUCUGGAGAAAUUCCACGAGGAAAGCAAUUAAACACUUUUGGUAAGGAUUCAUUUCUAGGCAACUCGGCUUUGUGUGGAGUUCCUCUCACAAAGAAAUGCAGAGAUGAUGGGGUUCCAACACCAGUCAUUACUGAUGAUGAGGAAGAAGAUUGGUUUGAUCCCAAAACGAUCUUAAUAGGGUAUGCAGGUGGAUUGGUAUGUGGAUUAUCUACGGGAUACAUUGUUCUUACAACUCUAAAGCCUAUUCGGUUUGUGAUUUUCAUUGAAAGAGCUCAGCAGAAGUUGAUAAGAAGAUACCUGUAGAGCACUUAAUUCACAUCUUGCUCACUUCAAUGAAAUAACUGUUUGACAGAAAUAAAAUUAUUCGGUUUCAAAUGCUCUAGCUAUUUUGUUUG